GAUUUUGGUAAAAAGCCAGCAUAAAAGUUCAAUUUGGUCCGCAUACCGCGAAUUCCGCACGCAUUCCAUAUCAAAUGUCAAAAAAUCAACUCGAUUCAAUUCUAUUUUCAAGUGGAAUUUCACGGUAAAAUAGUCCACUUUUCUCACGACAGCUUGUCGCGUGAUUGUGUACAAGGUGUUGGUUAGCUGUACAUGGUGCAUUCAGGAAGAUUGCGACGAGUGAAAUUGUAGAAAAUUCAUAUAAAAGACAACCCAUAAACAAAAUUUGCUGUGUGGAGUGUUUUUUUUUUAUUGAGAAUUCUUUCUCUUGUGCUCAUUGAUUUUCCGGAAGGAGAAAAUUUGUGUGGUGGGUGGAAAAUCCCCUGGAAAUCUCAUCGUCUGCCCAGGAAAAGAAAGGACGACGGGAGACAUCCCGGGGGCAAGAGUUGUGUGAGUUUUGAAGGGAAAGUCUGCUGAUAAGACUCCAUCCGGGAGUGAAAACGUGAGGAGAGAGAGAGUUGUGUAUAAGCCAAAAAAUUUGUUGGGCUAUUUGGGAGCUGAAGAGGUAAAGAGAGGAAAGACACAAAAAAAAAGUCGUGAAGAAAAAAUCAUCUCUCUGGAAUGCGGCUGCGAGCCGAUGUACAAAAGUGUCUUGUACUCCACGACAACCAGAAACUUCACAUCCACACACAAUAAUGCGCUGUAAUGCUGCUCCUCGGCGCGGAGUAUUGAUUAUUUUAUUGUAACGUCUGAAUGCGUGGAGCGCAGAAAGUCACCAAAAGUAGCUGAUACAGACCAGAGAAGAACACAACGAGUGAGCAGAAAAGAGGGGUGCAUUCAAGUGAUUUGAGGGUGGUGUGAAAAAGUUAUUUGUGAAAUCUCAAAAGGCCAGGACCGGUGAUAGUGUUCAGGAAAAGGAACAUCUCUGAGCCCUCUAACGUGCAGAUCAUCCAGCAGCUGGACAGGAGUCUCAUGGAAUCACCUCUGGAAGUUCUCUCGAGGGCUGCAGCCACAAUGGUUCAAGAAAAAACUCCCGAAGCAAAAUUACCCAAUAAAGAACUUCCGACAACCAAAUGGAGACGUGAGAGACGACGGUUGUCUGAGUAUCAAACACAGAGUGGUUCAGCCACAGUUAAGAAUGGGGAUAGUGGUGAGGUACCACUUGAUAUGACAAUCUCAUCUGGCACAAAACCACGAAGUCCUCCGCCGUACAGAGAACCUCUGCCAGGAUCUACAUUCGCAUUAUCGCUCACGAGACCAACGGUCAUCACACAAGCACCAAAGACACAAUUGAGACUCAAUUCCGUAUCUGAUCAUCUUCCAGAAUCAAUUUCGAUGUGUGACACAGUAAUUGAUGAGCACUUCCGAAGAUCCCUGGGUAACAACUAUAUGGCACUGUUCUCAAAGAACUACAGCUCAAAGGCUGACAUUGAGGCGGAUGCCAUUAGUUUAUCUGUAGAUGAUCACUUUGCAAAGGCUCUCGGGGAUACAUGGCAGAAGAUCAAGGCGACUUCUGACACGGGAAAUUGUUCAGGGAAGCGGCGAGAUUCCGCUGCAAAUGACGAUGGAGAGGAGACUGGAAGUGAGAAGGAGGAAGUGGUGAUGAAGGAAGUGAAGGAGGAGACAAAAGAGAAUGGGGCUGAAGAUGAUGAAGAUAAGGAUGACACCUCAAGUAGCUCUAGUUGCAACAAUUCACAAGUCACAUCGUAAUUUUUUUCUUUCACAUUUAUUUUCUAUUUUCACCUCAACAAAAAAAAAAUAACAAAUCAGUGCAAAAGUCAGUGAAUAAUAGUUUCACCGAAAGUGAACAAAUUCCUCCACUCUAUGAAUGCAAAAAAAAAAGAGAGAGACGCUUGUCUCUGAGGCAUCUGUGGAAUGCAAAAAAUUCACAAACAGAGAAAGAGAGAAAUUCACAAUUGAAAUGCUGUAUAGAUGGGCCUCUUUUGAAUUUAUAGUUGGACAGAGAUAGACAGUGGAUAACAAUUAUUCCGGGAUAUAAAAUAUUUCAUAUUAAAAGAUAUAAUAAAUAUUCUUAGUGGGAAAAAUAUUACAAGUUUUUUUAUUUAGUCCAUGAAACUGAUGAAUUUCUUAAGACGUCUCUAUUUUCUAGAUGAAAAAAAUAGACAUUUUAGUAGCUGAAAGAAUGAAUUAUAAUAAAAAAAAACACUAUUUUAUCUUGUAGAUGAUAAAAUUAGAAUGUGUUAGAAAUUUAGAUGGAGAAAUUAUUUCCUAAUUAUACUAGAAAUUUUCUCCGUAGUAAGUAUGACGUAGAAAGAAAAAUAGUGGUAAAUACAUUUUACAGAAAAGAAAGAAAGAGUAAAAGGAGCAAAGCGAAUUAUACUUAGAGUAUCUGACUAUAAAAAAUUACACAGUGAUUUUUUUUGUAUAGAAAUGAUUAGUAAGAGAAAAAAGUCUCGAUUCAAUCCAACUGAUAAUUUAUUGUAUCUUCCUCAUUCGCCUAUUUUUGUUUCACUAAGAAAUUAACAUUUUAUAGCCCUUAUAAGGGGGUAUUUAGCCUAAAAUUACAAUUGUAGGAUUUUUAUGUUAAAGAAACACACUAAAAAAAAAGCACACAACGGAAGAAAAAAAUCACAGAAAUUUGCUGUAAAUAAAAUAAAAUGAAAACAAUAAA